UACGAUGUCUCAUUGAUUAGAUAUUGAUAACUCAGCGGUCAUAUAUAUUAUAUCUAAUAAGAGUUUCAACUUUUGAUGCCGCUGUGUAGCUUGGAGGAUGCAUAUUUUUAAGUUUCUAUUGUUUUUAGUCUCUGUCUCUGCAGAUAAGGCCACUUUUGAGGAUGAUGUAAGGCAGACACGCGUUACUCUGGAUCCUGCAUUAGACAACACCUUUGAAAGUGUGCCAGAUGCCAGUUGUACCUUUACGGACAAAAGCCCAUGCAGAUUCAACAUUUCGACGAAUUGGGUACCAGAAAAAGGACCCACACGAGCUGAAAUUCGCCCAGGCGCUUAUCGUACCGUGUCCCAAAUGGGUCAAGAUGACGAAUUCUAUAUGGUGUUCUGGGGCAACACAACCGAUGCUUUGAAUUCUAGCUCUGUCAUGACGUCUCCACUUCUUAGUGCUGGUUCGUAUCAGAUUAAAUUCUGGUUCAUCGUUCCAAUAGCGCGAACUCAAGUUAGCAUCGAGACUUCAUCCGAUGUCACUAACGAUGAUUUUGUACGCUGGCAGCACAGUUACACAUCGAGACCACAGUUGACAUGGAUAAAUCAAACGGUGUCGUUCAAUGAAAGCAAUUGUUUUAGGAUAUUUAUUCGUGUUUAUGAAGUGAAACUUGGAAUUGUCGGUAUCGACAACAUCGAGGUUUUACGUGAACGAGAUUGCCAUACCUUUCCCAUUAAUGUACAUGGGCACGUAUCCACGAAUUCCACCACAUAUAGGACAUCCGUGACAAUCACGUGUGAUACAGGCUACAACCUCAACGGAAAUAGCACGUCUAUAUGUGAGAGCAAUGGACAUUGGAGCAGUAUUGGGCAAACGUGUUCCCUUGUUGAUUGUAAACAACACCCCGUCCCUUCAUACGGACGUGUGUCAACAAGCUCCACCACGUACGGGACUGUCGUCACAAUCAUAUGUGAUACUGGCUACAUAAUUAGCGGAAAUAGUACGUCAUCAUGUGAAAGCAAUGGACGCUGGAGUGGCUCUGCACAACGUUGUACUCCUAUUGAUUGCCAUACCUUUCCCAUUAACGUACAUGGGCACGUAUCCACGAAUUCCACCACAUAUAGGACGUCCGUGACAAUCACGUGUGAUACAGGCUACAACCUCAACGGAAAUAGCACGUCUAUAUGUGAGAGCAAUGGACAUUGGAGCAGUAUUGGGCAAACGUGUUCCCUUGUUGAUUGUAAACAACACCCCGUCCCUUCAUACGGACGUCUGUCAACAAGCUCCACCACGUACGGGAGUGUCGUCACAAUCAUAUGUGAUACUGGCUACAUAAUUAGCGGAAAUAGUACGUCAUCAUGUGAAAGCAAUGGACGCUGGAGUGGCUCUGCACAACGUUGUACUCCUAUUGAUUGCCAUACCUUUCCCAUUAAUGUACAUGGGCACGUAUCCACGAAUUCCACCACAUAUAGGACUUCCGUAACAAUCACGUGUGAUACAGGCUACAACCUCAACGGAAAUAGCACGUCUAUAUGUGAGAGCAAUGGACAUUGGAGCAGUAUUGGGCAAACGUGUUCCCUUGUUGAUUGUAAACAAUACCCCGUCCCUUCAUACGCACGUCUGUCAACCAACUCCACCACGUACGGGACUGUCGUCACAAUCACAUGUGAUACCGGCUACAUAAUUAGCGGAAAUAGUAGGUCAUCAUGUGAAAGCAAUGGGCGCUGGAGUGGCUCUGCACAACGUUGUACUCCUAUUGAUUGCCAUACCUUUCCCAUUAAUGUACAUGGGCAUGUGUCCACGAAUUCCACCACAUAUAAGACUUCCGUGAUAAUCACGUGUGAAACAGGCUACAACCUCUACGGAAAUAGCACGUCAAUAUGUGAGAGCAAUGGACAUUGGAGCAGUAUUGGGCAAACGUGUACCCCUGUUGAUUGUCAUACCUUUCCCAUUACUCUACAUGGGCAUGUGUCCACGAAUUCCACCACAUAUAGGACUUCCGUCACAAUCACGUGUGAUACAGGCUACAACCUCAACGGAAAUAGCACGUCAAUAUGUGAGAGCAAUGGCCAUUGGAACAGUAUUGGGCAAACGUGUACCCCUGUUGAUUGUCAUACCUUUCCCAUUACUCUACAUGGGCAUGUGUCCACGAAUUCCACCACAUAUAGGACUUCCGUGACAAUCACGUGUGAUACAGGCUACAACCUCAACGGAAAUAGCACGUCAAUAUGUGAGAGCAAUGGCCAUUGGAGCAGUAUUGGGCAAACGUGUACCCCUGUUGAUUGUCAUACCUUUCCCAUUACUCUACAUGGGCAUGUGUCCACAAAUUCCACCACAUAUAGGACUUCCGUGACAAUCACGUGUGAUACAGGCUACAACCUCAACGGAAAAAGCACGUCUAUAUGUGAGAGCAAUGGCAAUUGGAGCAGUAUUGGGCAAACGUGUACCCCUGUUGACUGUAAACAAUACCCCGUUCCUUCAUACGGACGUCUUUCAACCAGCUCCACCACGUACGGGACUGUCGUCACAAUCACAUGUGAUACAGGCUACAUGAUUAACGGAAAUAGUACGUCAUCAUGUAAAAGCAAUGGCCGUUGGAGCAGCACUGGACAACAUUGUUCUCCUAUAGAGUGUUAUCCCUUUCCCAUUACUGAACAUGGGCAUUUGUCCACGAAUUCCACCACAUAUAGGACUUCCGUGACAAUCACGUGUGAUACAGGCUACAACGUCAACGGAAAUAGCACGUCUGUAUGUGAGAGCAAUGGACAUUGGAGCAGUACUAGUCAAACGUGUAUUCCUGUUGAUUGUAAACAGUUUCCAAAUCCUUCAAAUGGACAUGUAUUCCCCACCUCCACCACAUUUGGGAUUGUUGUUACAAUCACUUGUGAACCAGGCUAUAUUCUCAACGGAUCAAGUAUGGCUAUGUGUGGCAGCAAUGGAAACUGGAACAGUACUGGCCAAACUUGUUCCCGUGAGGUUAUAACGGACAUCCCAAAGACAACUAUUAAAACAACAACUACCACUACAUCUCCGUCGAGCAUUUAUUCUACAAGUGCGUUUCCUGCUACAUUGUUAUCGACCACUAAUUCACGAACACGGACUGCUAUCCAAACAACCAUAAGCUCUUCCAGCACAACGUCGGACAAAAUUUCUUUUCCAAUCGAAAUAAGUAAAACGACUAUAGCAGAAACAUCAAGCCAAACGCUCACUGCAUCGUUGUUUUCUUCAACACCCAAAGAGAUGUCAACAUCCUUGUUUUCGUCACCAGUGUUUCCUGGAUCUACACAAGUAAUAAUUCAAAGUACGGGAUCGUCUGCCCAUGAUACUACAACAUUACUUAGUACAUCGCUGUCAGUUUCAAGUACAUCAGCGCCCUUUACAAGGAGCAGUCCUUUACCGAAAGAAACAACAAAAACCGACCCUUCAACUAAUAGAAACAACUCAUCGACAAUAACCUCGCACUCUUCUGCCCACGCAAAGCCAUCUAGUGAAAUAUCUACACAGGAUUAUACGCCACACGGUCACUAUGCAAAUCCAACAAGUCAAAACAUCUCGUUGGCCUCAACAUCAAAUGACGCAAUUACAUCACUAACGUACUAUACUGCCACAUCACCUACGCCAAGCUCGGUUGAAACCACCCGAUCAAGUCAAACGUCCACCAAUAAAAUAACAAGCUCAUUGAACAAUAUUUCGCAUAGAACAGUCUCGGUUGAAAAAAAUCAUGUUUCCAAUGUCACUGGAAUUACAGGUACCGCAAGCACAAGAGAAUACAUAAAAACGAAAAUGUAUGAACCGGUUUCUACGACAGUACCCGGUAUCCUUGGGAACAACAAUGAACAGAAGGGCUCCUCAAGUGGCAAAACCACUGUUAUUAUUGGUUCAGUGUCCGGAAUUGCGGCUGGACUAGUUAUUGCCUUAGUUGGCCUCUAUGUGUAUCUACGUAUGAAGUCAAGGCGCUUGAUCAACCAUGGGUUCAUGGCGGACGAAACUGACGCCACGUUCGUUGCUCCAAAUAAAGGAUCGUCAAGUGAGCUGAAAAUGGAUGAAAUAAACGGGUUUUCGGCCGCAGAAUAUGAUGCGAUUAAUGAAAUGCAGCCGGAUGGUGACCCUAACAAUCGUAUUUCUACGCGGAGCUUCGAAAAAAUGUAGAUAAGGGUGAUUCACGCGAUAAACUUGGUUAAUCUCGCAUAAACAGUCAUAAUGUGUGUGAGUGUAUGUCACCUUUAUCUCACCGUAGUAUUGUACCGGUUUACCUAUGUAUGUUCUUAGACUUGAAGCCGCCAUUAUGGUAGUAAAUGUUACUCAAAAUGUAUUGUAUUUUUAUAUGAUGACUUUGCAUCACAAGAUUGUUAAAAAAGUGCAAAUGCAUUUGUAAAUAAAAUAUCAUAGUAUAUAUACA